AUGGUUCGACACAUCCCUAUUGCCGCUUUGCUGCCAGCCGCCUGGGCUUCGGCUCUGCCUUCAAACUCUCAACGAGAUGCUUGCACUGUUACUAACUACUCCGGCCUUGCUAACGCCGUUGCAUCCUGCACAAACAUUGUGCUCAAUGGGAUCAACGUCCCGACCGCCAAGACACUCGAUUUGUCCAAGCUCAAGGACGGUGCAACUGUUACCUUUGCGGGCAAGACCACGUUUGCUACUACCGCUGAUAACGAUUUUAACCCCAUUGUUAUUGGUGGAAAUGGCGUUACUAUCACUGGUGCGUCUGGUCAUGUCAUUGAUGGCAACGGUCCGGCAUACUGGGAUGGCAAAGGAUCUAACAACAAAAAGAACCCCAAACCGGAUCAUUUUAUUGUCGUUUCAAAGACUACAAACUCCAAGAUCACAAACCUCAACAUCCAGAACUGGCCUGUUCACUGCUUCGACAUCACCGGCAGCACCCAAUUGACCGUUUCAGGCCUCAUUCUGGAUAACACCCUCGGUGACAAGCCCAACGCGAAUAGCGGUGGUUUACCAGCUGCACACAAUAGUGACGGUUUCGACAUCGCUUCAAGUGACCACGUCACUCUGGACAACAUCCAUGUUUAUAACCAGGAUGACUGUGUUGCAGUUACAUCGGGUACAAACAUCAUCGUUUCCAACAUGUACUGCUCUGGUGGCCAUGGUCUUAGUAUCGGGUCUGUUGGUGGCAAGAGUAACAAUGUUGUCAACGGCGUUCAGUUCUUGGAUUCACAUGUCGUUAAUAGUCAGAAUGGAUGUCGCAUCAAGUCCAACUCUGGCACAACUGGCACGAUUAACAACGUCACCUUCCAAAACAUUGCCCUUUCCAACAUUAGCAACUACGGCGUUGAUGUUCAGCAGGACUAUCUCAACGGCGGCCCUACGGGAAAACCCACAAACGGUGUCAAGAUCAGCGGCAUCAAGUUCAUCAAGGUUACUGGCACAGUGGCUAGCUCUGCUCAAGACUGGUAUAUUCUUUGUGGUGACGGUAGCUGCUCUGACUUUACCUUCACUGGAAACAGCAUCACUGGUGGUGGCAAGGCUAGUAGCUGCAACUAUCCUUCUACCACUUGCCCUAGCUCGGGCUAG